CCACAUCCAGAGCUCCCUCUCCACCGAUCCGCCGCCGAUCAUCGCUGCUGUUUGUCUCGCCCGGGCAUCCGAUCGUCACUGCAUAGAGCCUGCCAAAUCUACCUCCGUUCUGCUUGGAUCAAGUCGCAUUCGCCCACCCUUUCUUCAGCCAGCAUGUCCUUUGUCAAAUCCACCGCCCGUAUCGGAUCUCUGUGCCGAGUAACUCUGUCGCAGAGCCUCCGACCAUCGAUCCGAUCCUUCUCUGUCUCUCGCCUGAUGAGAGAGGAGGCUGCUGUUGACCCCAAAAUCACCAAGAUCGUCGACGAUAUCGCCACCCUGAACCUGCUGGAGACUGCCUCGCUGGUCAAGGCCCUCAAGACCCGACUAAACAUCCAAGAUAUUGCCAUGCCCGUCGCCGCCGCCGCCGCCCCUGCUGCUGCUGCUGCCGCCCCUGCCGAGGCCGCCGCUCCUGCCAAGGAAGAGAAGGUCGAGAAGACCGAGUUCAAGAUCACUCUCGCCAAGGUUGAUGCCGCUGCCAAGGCCAAGGUCAUUCGUGAGAUCAAGGGCCUGCUGCCCAACGCCAACCUGGUUGAGGCCAAGAAGUUUGUUGAGAGCGUCCCCAAGGUCAUCAAGGAGAACGCCAGCAAGGAGGAGGCCGAGAAGAUCAAGACUCUUCUGGAAGGACUCGGUGCCUCGGUCACCCUGGACUAGAUAUGCACUGCUGAACGUGAUGUCCUACAGAAACGCAACCGAUGAACUGGGUUCUUGUCGAGCGGGACGCCCCCGCCCCACCAUUCCCUCCUUCCCACUCUUCCCACACGAAACCAUCUCACAGUAUGACAUUGGAACGGGACUCCCGGGAUAUUGCUGCGUGCUCGUAUCUUAUUUUCUUUGUUGCUGCCCAAUACACUCUCAUCUCAAUGGCC